UCCAAUGGAGGGAGUUUUAGAACGUUCAGUGAAACUAGUUGUAGAUGGUUCCGAAGACGCGGUCAAAAGAAACGUUAUCGUAUGUGUUGACGACUUAAAAAUAUUACAAACGUGAUUUUUUUCAUAAAAUAUGAAACUAACGACAUAAACUUCAUCCAUGUGACACUGUUGUGGAUUAUUUCACAGCGAAAGAAAUAAAACUUUCUACGUGUUCAAUAAGCUUACGCGUAACCGCCAAAAUCAUAGAUGGAAACGCCAUCUUAUGCAAAGAUGUUGACAUUUUACUAAAUUGGAAAAGAUUCUAUAAUUACCGCUUUAUUCGAGUCCCACGACUCGAUUUGUGUAUUUACGAAUGUUAAAAAAUGCUAAUGUUAUCCACUAAUUGACACGUCAUCCAGUUUUUCGUUAUAAGAAGUGCACGUAACGCGUAUUCAUAAUGUUUUACGCACAUUUCGUGUUGGCCAAAAAGGGGCCAUUGGCCCGAAUUUGGUUAGCUGCUCAUUGGGACAAGAAGUUGACAAAAGCUCAUGUGUUUGAAACUAACAUUGAAAAAUCUGUAGAUGGUAUUUUACAGCCAAAGGUGAAAAUGGCUUUAAGAACAUCUGGACAUUUGUUAUUGGGUGUGGUACGGAUAUAUUCUCGGAAAGCUAAAUAUCUCUUAGCUGACUGUAAUGAAGCUUUUGUAAAAAUUAAAAUGGCCUUUAGACCAGGCAUGGUAGACUUACCAGAAGAGCACAGAGAGGCUGCUGUAACAGCGAUAACAUUACCUGAAGUUUUUCAUGAUUUUGAUACUGCGAUGCCAGAAUUAAAAGAUGUUGAUAUUGAAGCACAGUUUAGUUUAAAUCAGUCACGAGCAGAAGAAAUAACUAUGAGGGAAGAUUAUGGCAGCUUAGCUUUAGUAACGCAUGACCAAGGAUUUGGUGAUAUGAGUUUUGAUGCGGAACCACCAGAAUUAUUAAGACAUGCUGGUGCUGUAGAACCAUCAUUAGAUCAGACCCAUAUGUUAUUCACUGAUGGACCAGGAAUCGAAGCAGCUUUAGAUCAAAAGGAAAAAGAACCAGUUCCAGGUCCAUCGGUAACAGCGCAAGCUAUGGAUAUAGAUAUGCCUAUUAGGGAUGAUGGUUUUGGUGGACAUCUUGGUCAAGAUAUCAUAUCUGGUGGUCUAUUUGAAGGUGGUUUAUUUGACGAAGCACCAAUGGGUGAAGUACCUGUACCUGAAGUUAGUGCUGUGGCAGAACCACAAGAACCAGUAGUACCUGGAGCUGCACCUUCGGUUCAUGAAGAAUCUGAGGAAGAAAUGGGGCCUCCAUCUCCUCUAGGAGGAAUGAGUGAUGACUCCAGACCUGUCUCUCCAGCUGUAAUUGGAGAAGAAAUUGAAGGAAGAAUUAGUGUUGCAAGUCGUCGUUUUACUCCUGCUCCAUCCACCAUUCCUGAAGAACGUCCAAUGGAAGCAAUUGAAGAAGCCCCACCUCUACAAGAUCAAACCACAUUACUACAUGAUGAGGAAGAAAGUUUCGCUCUUGCACCGGUUGAUACGUCUGCUUUGAAAGGGUUCACAAAAGCAAAACGUAAACGUAAACUUAUUGUCGAUGAAGUAAAAAAUAUUUCUGGCGAAGAAAUGAAAGCACAACUAUCAGACACCAGCGAUAUUAUAACCACAUUAGAUCUGGCGCCUCCAACAAAAAGACUAAUGCAUUGGAAAGAAACAGGUGGAGUUGAAAAAUUAUUUGCUUUACCAGGAAGACCAAUACCAGCACGUGUAUUAUUUAAGAAUUAUCAACGACAUCUUACAAGCAAGUCUUAUGAUCACGAGGACUUUGGACGCUUAGUAGGUGAAGAAGAAGGUAUGCCUUUAGAACAAAUGAGGGAACCAGUAGAACCGGACACAUUUGAACAAAGUAUUUUAAGUAAACGGUUAUCUCGAAAACGAAAAAUACCAUUUGAAGAAGAGAUAAGGCCGCCACCUCCAGCACCAGCACCUCCACCAGUAGAAGUAGCACCUGAAGCCGUAGAAGUCCCAAGUAUAGUUCCCCCACCUCUCGCAGAAUCACCAGUACCUCUUCCUGAGGUAUCUUUACCUGCGGAACCAUCAGUUCCUGAAAUCAGUGGUAUGGUGCCUCUUGUCGAAGAAGCAGAAAUAGUUCCGUCAGUACCUCCCGAAGUACCUUUAAUUUCUCCACACGUGCCCGAAAUACCUCCAACUGAAUCCAUCGUUCCACCUGAAGAACCAGUUGUUCCACCUACCCCAACAGAAUCAGAACUUCCAAUAGCACCACCCACUGAAAUGCCUCAAAUGGAAAAUAUGGGCUAUGAUCAAGCUCAACCUAUUGUACCAUACAUGGGAUACGAUGAACAUCCCCCAGCACCUACAACACCUGCUAUAUCAGAAAGAGGGCCAGCAACUCCAUGGAACCAUGAGGAUUAUGAAUUUCCACCAUCUGUAGGCCCUCAGGAAGAACAGCAAGUGGAUGAAACAUACGAACAGUUCGAAGAACGAGUUCUUAAUAAAAGAGCAGCACACAUGUAUCAUGUUAUUAAGAAUAAACUGGAUACCAAAGAUAGGUUGACGUUAUCAGAAAUGGCAUACAAAAAUAAUCGCAAACAGGUUGCACAAAAGUUCUAUACUCUGUUAGUCCUUAAAAAAUUUCAAGUAACAGAGCUCUAUCAAGAAUACCCAUACGCUGAAAUUGUAGUCAAUAAAGGACCAAAAUUCGAGAAUCCUGCAUUAUAAGAGUGUUAGGUAUUUCAUACCUUACGUUUACUACUAACAGUGAUCAAAUAAGGAAGAAAAGGAUUAUUGUAGUUAUACUUCGAAUUACACAGAAAACAAAGCGGUUUAUCUAAAUUCUUUUGAUAGAUAAAUUGUAAAAUAAUCUGCAAAUCUACUGACAGAAGAAAUAUGAGAUAUCUAUUAAGAUAAAAGAAUUUUGUAAAUCAAGUUUUUAAUUCCUGAUUAAGGAAUGUAUACGUUUUGUAUAAAUCAGGGCAGAAUUAUUUUGGACCUUCUGCAUUUAUAAUGCACUGAAAAAAUUCAAUUAUACGUAUAAGAAUUUACUAUUGAAAGAUACAUAAUUUUUUACUUCUGCAUGGGAAAAGAUCGAUUGUCUUUAUUAAAUUUAUUAUCAAUCCUAACAGGGUUUGUAUAUAAUAUUAACGUGUAGUGAAAACAUAUUUUAUAUCCUACUAUUUACAAAGAAAGUUCUUGAGUCCGUAUUGCAGGAUGGUCCAAAAUUACUAAUAAAUUUAUAAAAUAAUUUAUGAAAUUUAAUAAAAGGGAAUUCUGUUAAAGUUUCAUAAAAUAAGAUCAUUUAUAAUUAAAAUCUAUGUAUUUUAUUUUAAAAUUUCAACAAAUUGGAUACGAUAUAAUUUUCUUAUUAGCGUACUUACUACACAUCAAAUGAUACUGUAAACAAUUAUUAAUGGAAGAAUCAAGAGAAUAUUUUAUGGAUGAUAAUUUUAUGUAUUGCAGUCAUACUUUAGGAGUAUCAAAGUGAUUAAGUUAUUUUUCAGAUCUACAUGAAUGCUAUAUUUUUAUGUACGCUCGGCAUGGUCUGUAUAGUUACUUUUCAUAUAAAUAUCAUUGAAAAUUUAUGACCUAUCGUAAUUUAUAUUUACAUUACGAAUAACAUUCCAAAGAACUUUAUUGUGACGUGAUAGUUUCAACUAUUGUUUCAAUUCUUCUCAUACAUUUUUUUUAUCAUACCCGAAAGAAGAUCUAUUAAUCGUGUAAAAAGAUAAAAAUUGUUUGACCAUACUAUUUUCUAAAAGAAAAUAAGAUUGUGGUUCGUAACUUAAUUAGUCCGACUACGAAAAAAAUGUUUAGUAAUUUAUUGUUAUAUAUGUAUGCCUGUUUCAUGGAAUACAGGAAUGUUGAAUCGUAUUAUAAAGAGAAGUACUAUAUUUUAUCAAAUUGACAUGUCAGAAAUUUCUCAAAAGCAAUCAUAUUGCAUUGUAAAUAUACAUGCACAGUAAGCACGUACGUUAUCAUUACGCAUAUACCCCUAUCAAAGGGUGUGUCAUAAAAAAGUCGACUGCUAUAACAUCUGUGAAAUGCCUGAUUGUAAAUAGGUUUCAUUAUUCAUUAAUCAGUACACAGUUGUUUAUAAAAUAAAUGAAAAGUUUCUGAAAUAUUCUGUUUAAAACUUAAACCCUAAAGUACAUAUCACAUAAUACUUAAAAAUGUUAAUCCAUUAUUUUCCAUUAAUAAACUGUUACACUGCAUCGGGAUUACUAAGUUAUUUUAACAAUAUUUCAAAAAUAUUAACUAUACAUAACAUUUUUUUCUAUCACGUAUAGCAUACGUGAAUUUAUAUGUUUGUAGAUUAAAUAUGUUUCCUACAACAAACACAUUAUCCAUUGUUUUAAUAUAUGUGCUUUUUAGUGUCACACGAUAAAAUUAUUUAAUUUAUAAUUAAUUUCUUUUACAUAUUUUUUGUGAAUUUAGUUAUGUAUAUUAUAAGAUGAUUAAAUUGACAUUAUUCAAAAUUAUAAUUAAGUUGAUACCAAGGUUUCCAUUUCGUGAAGUGCAAUUUUUCGGAUUUCGAUAUACGUGUAACGUAUAGUUAAAAAUUGCACUUUAAACUUGAGAAAAUAUUUAUG